GGAGCCUGCCGGCUGGGGGUUCCCAGUUCCCAGAGUCCGGCCGGGGAGCUCGUGCGGCCCGGACCAGGACGGCGUCGGAGGUGGUGGCGAAGGACCCGGUCCCGGAGGACCGCUGGGCGUCUCACGCCCAUCUCCCCGCCUGAAAAACCCCACCCCAGCGCUCCCAGGGGCUGCUCUUGAGAGGGAAAGAGCCCAUGUUUGUUAGGAAUUUAGCCCUCUCGAGUCUCAGAAUUCAUUCCCCAGGAUCUGGCUUUCGAUUGCACACUUCAGAAACAGGAGUUGAGGAUCUCACAGAGCAGCCUCUUUCUGUCUCGGGGCGAACUAAGGUCUUCCUCACGUAACUUCAUCUUUUUUCCUCAGAGCAGCGCUCAGCCAUUCCCACGAACGAAGAGAGCUGCGCUUUACCCUCUCACCCUUCUUUUGGGUUUUAGGCCCCCGCGUUCCUUUACCUGGCGCUAUGUGGCCUCACAUCUAAGGCCACUCGUUCUGGUAAUCCUCUUCUGGAUCCACUCCCAUUUUCCAGAGAUUUUCCCAAAACUGGGUUCCUAAAGUACAUUUGUAAGUAACACAGUUCUCAAGUCAGACAGACUUGAAUUCUAAUCCAGGGUGGUGCCAAUCUAAGUAUGUGACUUUGGGUAAGUCCCUUAACUUCUCCAAGCCUCAGUGUGCUCGUCUGAAAAUGGGGACAGUCCUAUCUCUAGAUGGUUGAGAGGACGAAGGGUGAAGAACGAAAAAUACUUAGCCUGCUACCUGGAACAUAGUAUGCCAAGAAGCCUUAUCACACAGAUGUCCUUCGAGAUAAUAUGGAUCAGUCCGGAGUUCUCCUCUGGGUGAAAGCAGAACCCUUUAUAGUGGGUGCCUUGCAGGUCCCCCCUCCGUCCAAGUUCAGUCUUCACUAUCUCAGGAAGAUAUCCACAUAUGUGCGAACCCGGGCCACAGAAGGAGCUUACCCACGCCUGUACUGGUCUACAUGGAGGCACAUUGCAUGUGGGAAGCUGCAGUUGGCUAAGGAUCUGGCGUGGCUUUACUUUGAAAUAUUUGAUAGUCUUGCAGUAAAGACACCAGAGGAGCGCCUGGAAUGGUCUGAGAUUCUGUCCAACUGCAUGUCUGAGGAUGAAGUUGAAAAGCAAAGAAAUCAGCUUUCAGUGAACACCCUACAGUUUCUGCUCUUCUUAUACAUACAGCAGUUAAACAAGGUCUCCCUGAGGACAUCUUUGAUUGGAGAAGAGUGGCCUAGUCCCAGAAAUAGAUCUCAGUCUCCUGAUUUGACUGAAAAAUCCAGUUGCCAUAAUAAGAACUGGAAUGAUUAUAGUCACCAAGCAUUUGUCUGUGAUCAUCUGUCAGAUCUCCUUGAGCUGCUUUUAGAUCCAGAACAACUCACUGCAUCAUUUCAUUCGACCCAUAGUAGUCUAGUCUCUCGCGAAGCUGUUGUGGCCCUCAGCUUUCUUAUUGAAGGUACAGUGAGUAGAGCCAGGAAGAUAUAUCCACUUCAUGAACUUGCUCUGUGGCAACCACUGCAUGCAGAAAGUGGCUUCUCAAGGAUCUCUAAGACCUUUUCUUUCUACAAGCUGGAAGCCUGGUUGAGAGCCUGUUUGACGGGGAAUCCAUUUGGUACAUCUGCUUGCCUUAAGUCUGGAAAGAAAUUGGCUUGGGCUCACCAAGUUGAAGGGACGACCAAAAGAGCUAAGAUUGCUUGUAAUACGCAUGUGGCCCCUAAGAUGCACCGCAUGGUGGUGAUGAGCCAGGUUUACAAGCAGACCUUGGCCAAGAGCUCAGAUACUCUGGUGGGGGCACAUGUAAAGAUUCAUCGGUGCAACGAAUCUUUUAUAUAUCUGCUCUCUCCCUUACGAUCUGUGACCAUUGAGAAAUGCAGGAAUAGCACCUUCGUCUUGGGCCCUGUACAGACUGCUCUUCACCUCCACAGCUGUGACAACGUUAAAGUCAUUGCUGUUUGCCAUCGUUUGUCCAUCUCUUCUACAACAGGCUGCAUCUUUCACAUUCUGACGCCUACACGCCCACUUAUUCUCUCUGGAAACCAGGCAGUAACCUUUGCCCCUUUUCAUACCCAUUACCCAAUGCUGGAGGAUCACAUGGCCAGGACCGGCCUCGCUACGGUGCCUAACUAUUGGGAUAAUCCAAUGAUUGUAUGCCAAGAGAACUGCAACACAAGUGUCUUCCGACUCUUACCACCUUGUGAAUUCUAUGUAUUUAUUAUCCCCUUUGAAAUGGAAGGGGACACAACAGAGAUACCUGGGGGUCUUCCAUCUGCAUAUCAGAAAGCACUGGGUCAAAGAGAACAGAAGAUACAAAUCUGGCAGAAAACUGUGAAGGAGGCUCGUUUGACAAAGGAUCAAAGGAAGCAGUUCCAGGUACUUGUGGAGAAUAAGUUUUAUGAGUGGUUGAUUAAUACGGGACAUCGCCAACAGCUGGACAGUCUUGUGCCCCCUGCCGCAGGCUCCAAACAAGCAGCAGGAUAAGACUUCUACAU